CAAUCGCAGUCAUAAAUCAGGGUUACACGACGCGUUUAGGGCUAUGGUAACGGACCUGCUUGAAAAAACCGGCGCUAUGUAGUAAAUAAUUUCCCUGUGCGUGUUGUCGACGAUAAAUAUUUACGUGUCUCCCAGAGAUACCAAAUACAAAAUAAAAGAAAGAAAAAAAAUUAAAUAAAAAUUAGCGGAAGCACAUACAAUAGCAAAUAAAAUCUGAAAACAAGUAUUCGGCUUAUGAGAAAAUUUAACGAGUGAAUGUAUCCGAAACGCAAGUGGAAAGUUCCAUUUGAAUUGUGUUACCAACUAACUAAACUCCCUUACUCUAUGCGUUAAGUGUGUGGAAGAGAGAGGUAGAGCAGCCAAACAGUAUUGCGAAAAUUCUGCUAUACUGGCCACCGAAUGGAUAAUGGGUAUUUGCUUAGACACAGAUGCCAGCGCGGCACAAGAUACCGGCGAACCAGGCAACGAUUGGAAUCAUACACGGAAUCAAAAUGGCCCAAAUGCAACCGCUGGCAGCGUUAUGGCACUGAACGGGAAUGGAAGACUUGGCUCGGCCAAUAUCGGCGCUAUCGAUAUGCAAAACGCUGGAAAAAUCAAAUUCGAUCCGCCCAAGGUGCCAGUGAUAUUUGUUUUAGGCGGCCCAGGUAGUGGCAAGGUCACCCAUUGCGAUACCUUCAUGCAGGAGCGACGAGGCGUCACGCACAUCAAUAUGAUGGAUCUGCUGCAGCAAUAUGCAAUGGGGAAUGAUAUGCAAGACUUUUCGCAACUAUCGUCGAAAACAGUCACCGAGGUGUUGAUGUUGGAAAUGAAAAUGGCUCCAGCUGCCAAAGCAUACCUUAUAUCAGGAUAUCCACGAUCCAUGCGCGACGUUGUCGAGUAUUCGGAGAAGAUACAAGUCGUUAAUGGUGUUAUCUUAAUAUCCUGGCGUCAAUCGGUGCUACAGAAACAAAUUGAUUAUGGCGCUAAAUUAGGUCAUGUUGUUCUCUCCUUAGCCAAAAUGGAAUUAGAAAAUUUCUUCAAAAAUGUGAUGCCGGUCGCCGAUUAUUUUGAUCAAAGUGACAUGCUAUUGGCCGUAAAUGGUGAGCGUGCUCCCACAGAGGUGUAUAAAGACUUUCGCACCGCUGUGCUAGACAUAUUGAGCACGCUCGAGAAUCAAGAGGCCAUUCUGAAUGGAGUAACAGGUAUGGGCAGAGGGAUACUUGAUAUACCCGGCAGUAUAGUUAGCGUUGACACCGCACCUAGUCAAGCCCAAGCGCCUCAAAUUACAGACCAAGUCGCCGCAUCUGCGGCAAGUGGGCCCAAUUUCACAAGCGCUGUGAUAUCUAAUGUGGCCGCCAACGCAGCUGCCACAGCUGCAGGAGUACUGAGAACCGGUGGCACAAGUGCAGAUGAUGACAGCGGUGUGGUUGUCACACAACAGCCAAAGUUCACCAAUGCCAGCCACAGCAUGGACGCCAACGACGAACCUGAGCAGAGUAUUCCGCCCAUCAUUUGGGUGAUUGGCGGACCGGGCAGUAACAAGGCCACCCUCUGCUUGAAGGCGGUUGGUCUCAAUCCCGGCUGGUCGCACAUCAGCGUUGGGCGUCUGCUUCGCAAUAUUACGGACAUGGCGCCACGUGCGAAUACCGAGAGCUAUGCCGUCAAGGAAGCUCUUGCUGCCGGUGAGAUGGCACCAGAAAAGUCGCUGAAUCAACUGCUGGAUAGCAAUAUUCGUCAGCUGCGCGACAAAACUGGCAUCAUCAUCGAUGGCUAUCCACGUAAUUUACAGCAGGUCAAAUACUUUGAAAACAAGUACAAACAACGUCCGCCCACCAUUCUACUGGACUGCUCGAAAUUGCAGCUGGGUCGCGGACGCAUCGACGAUACGGUCUCCUCGUUUCGACGUCGCCUGGAGAUAUUCCGUGAGCAGACGCUGCCGAUGCUGAAGACCAUGGAUAGCAGCAAUCGAUUGCAGAUUGUCGAUGGCGAUACGGACAGUCCCUCCGUGCAGCGUGAGUUCGAGCGUUUGAUACGCAACCACAUUCAACAGCUGACGAAUAAGGUGGAGAGUGAGGAGGUCAGUGAGGCGCUGAUGCGCAACGAGCAAACCGAUGCCAUACUCCACGACCUGGAGACGAAUGUGCCGGGUGCGGUGCCCACGAUCAGUCAUCAUGUGAGCAUGAUGAAUGGACACCUCAAGAGCCGUGGCAGCGCUCAGGUUAUUGCUAAAAGACCCACCCAGAUAAUGAAUGGCCAUGCAGGAGCACGACCCGGUACAGGUCCUGUUGCUCCGCUCGCUCAGCAUGUCGAUUUUCGGCAUAUGCUCGAGGAGGCCGAACGCUAUCCGGUGGACUCGUACAUGUAGAAUCGUCUACCCGAAGGUGUCUGCACGCAGAAUUAAUUAAAAAAAGAAAAGGGAAAACAGAAACAAACUGAUUUGUAGUAGUUUAAGUUCGAUUGUUAAUGUUGAUUCGUUGGUAUUUAAAUUUGAUAGCUUUAAGGCCACUUAGUUGGUGAAUUUUGAUAAAGUAGUAUUUAACAAAACAAAAAUGGCUCAUUAGAAUUUAGGCCAAUUUUCUUUGAAUUCAAAUCUAGAUAAGAUUAGUAAGAAACAUUUAAGUAAAGGCUUCAAUACAAUUGAGGGUAGUAUUAGGAAUUAGCAACAAGCAGAAUGCAGAAACCAAUUUAGCUCUAAGUUUGG